ACAGCCUUCCAGUGUGCUCGCUGCAUGAAGGAGAACAGCGCAUUCGACUCCACCUCGCCUGGAGGAUGGAACAUGAAACCAGAGGCGUCGUCAACGGCGCAUGGAAUAGGAGAGGGACAACUGCAUGUCAGCAUCACACAGCAGAACCCAUGUCCAUGCAGAUCUGCAAGUCGAAGGGAACAACGAACAGCUGCUCCACUCUUGGAGCGGCAUCAGUGGAGCAGCGCGCGUUCUCCGGAUGUCGGUACGUCGUUGGCUAGUGGAGACGCUAGAAGCUCGCCAGGGCAGUUCGGUGGAGGUUGGGGUAAAAUGCGGGGGAGAAGAUGGCCCAUCGCAGUUGGGUGUACAUGCGAGCAUUGGAUGGUCGAGAGAGACAUCUGCAUGUAAUAGAAAAUGUUGUGAUCAACAGCGACGGGAUUUAGGUGUUGCAAUCGUCGUAUACAGAAAUCUUCUCCAAGAGUUCGAGAUUUGCUGUGCGGGAACAGGUACCCUGGGAAAGCAACAUCCACGGCGAUUUUCCUUUUCACCGGGGGAACUCCCCAUCUCGCUUAGAUCCUUGUCUUUCUCGCAUGCAUUUAUGAUCUUGACGAGGAUCGGAACAUGUAGCGAGGCACUGUAAGUCCAUCGAGGAAGCCCGAGGAUGUACGAACAGUGCAGUUGUGCCAGACAAGGUCCUCGCCUUGAAGAGGACA